CAUUACGAUACAGUUUAGUUAACCUUACGACGAGCUAUAAAUCAGACGUUUCCCAUGUAACAAUAGCCACAGUUUGAACGAAUAACCGUGUAUUAAGUAUAUAAGGAAAUGUGGUUGCGGAAUAUAGUUUAAGUUAAAAGUCAUAUUCGUACAAGGAAACAUGAUUGUGCUUAUGUUUUUGUGUUUAAGCAACGUACUGAGUUUCUCAUACGGUAUUGCGUAUGAUUCAUUCAAUGGGACUCCUAUAAGCAAGGAUGAAGUUGCACAGCAUAUCAGGGAUAAUAAUACAUUCUGGUGCAUGGUUGAUAUUGCGCCUUGUGAUCCCAACGAAUGGAGAAGACUUGAUGGGUCGUGCAAUAAUCUUCGAAAUCCCAUCAGAGGCGUAACCCAUACACCUACAAGGCGGAUUCUACCACCUUCUUAUGACGAAAAUUAUGAGCCAAGAAAAUCUAAAAGUGGUAAAUUAUUGCCGCUUGUAAGGAAACUGCGCACGACUUUACUGUCAGAGGGUCAAGCGCCAGACCAAGUAUUUUCUGUUCUGGCAUCUCAUUACUUAAUCUUCAUCGCGACUGAUAUCUCCAAUCUUCAUGACACAGUGAACUACAUUAUGUGGAAACCACACUGCUGUACUCCUAAAGGCAAGGACGAUCCCAUGUGCGCUCCUAUAGAAGUGCCACGUGAUGACCCAGUCCAUCGCUACUCUGGCAUCCGAUGCUUGAAUCUAACGAGACCGUUGACGUUCCAAGAUUUUGGUUGUCGUCAGAAAAAUACACCUCCUGAGCGGAUACAAACAGCCACGCCCUUAUUUGACAUGUCCACUGUGUAUGGAAACUCUUUGGAUAAAGCUCUAGAGGGAAGAAAAUUCGAAGGUGGCUUGUUGAAGAAUGAGGUGGAGGACGGCAGAGUAUGGCCACCUCGUGAUCCUAAUGAAGCUGUCUGUUUUAUGAACCAAAAGCCGAAAGAAUCAAGAUGUCAUAAAACACCGUCAGAUGAAGUGAACACUCUAAUUACGAUCAACAUGAUGUCUGUUUGGUUUUGGAGACUUCACAACCAUAUAGCAACUAGACUGGCCAAGCUAAACCCAUGUUGGGAUGAUGAGAAACUAUUCUACACUGCAAGAGACAUCAACAUUGCUAUUGAAAUGCAAAUAUUCUUGUAUGAACUGUUACCUUUGAUGGCAGGAUAUAGAAAUCUCAUUAGGGAUGGCGUAAUAGUUUACAACGGCUUCAGAGAUAUCUACAAUGAAGCAAUCAUACCACAAAUGGCAAUGGAAUUCCCAUUAGCUCUGCGGUGGGCACAUACUAUGCAAGAAGGGACUUUGAAGAUGUACAAUCCCCAUGGUGAUUACGUGAAAAAGGUACCCUUAGUCGAACUAACAAUAAGAACAGGUUACUUGGGAGUGGACAAUAACCUUGAUUACUUGACUCAAGGAGCAUUUAGACAACCUAGUGCUAAAGUUGGAGACAGUCUUGUCGAUCCUGAUAUGGCUGACAGAGUCCUAGGACACAUUCAACCGUCACAAGAUGUGUUCUCAAAUGACUUGGCGAAAAAUCGUCUCAUGUUUAUGCAACCUUACAUCAAAUACAUAGAACACUUCUAUGGAAGGAAAAUCAAUAGUUUCAAAGACUUAGCUGAUUUCUUCGAACCAGAGACUUUGGAAAAACUAUCGGAUAUCUAUGAGUCUGUAGAAGAUAUAGAUCUUCUAGCAGCUAUGUGGGUAGAGAAGCCGAUACCUGGCGGUUACGUACCUCGUAUAUUUUACUCCAUACUCGCUGAACAGUUGCUACAUACUAUGAAAUCUGACAGGCAUUGGUAUGAGAGACCUAACAGACCACAUGCGUUUACUGCUGCACAACUGCAAGAAAUAAGAAAGAUGACGGUAGCGAGGUUUAUGUGUGACGUCGGUGACACUGUGACGCAAAUACAGCCGAGAGCUUUCCAGAGAAUUGGGCCCGGCAAUGAACUAGUGAGCUGUGACCUCAUCCCAGACAUGGAUAUAUCAGCAUGGAAGGACAACAGUUGUAGGCACAGCAGCCAUUUCCACCGACCCACUCACCCACACCCACACCCACAAUAAUCUCACGUUCAAUUAGAGUUUUAACAAGAGUCUGCUCAAUAAAUAAUGUUAAAAACAAUUA